AUGGAUAAUGGUCGUGUUCAAUUCAUUCCUAUGAAUAUAGGAUUCUUUAUUAUCAAACUACAAUCUGUGGAGGAUAGAGAUAAGAUUUUGAAUGUUGAAGCUUGGAUGUUUGAACAACAACAACUUAACCUAAUGGAAUGGUUUCCAGGUUUUGAUGCUGAUAAACAUAAUACUACUAAUGCAACGGUUUGGGUUAAGGUUCCAGGCUUAGCUGUUGAAUACUGGAUAGAGAAGACGUUAUUGGCAUUAGGAAAAACCCUAGGCACACCAGUUGUUUAUAAGCGCACUUUGGCUCAUGAGUAUGGGUAUUUUGCGUCAGUUCUAAUUCAUAUCAAUUUUGCUGAACUGAAUACGGAUGGCAUCUAUGUAACAGUGGGGGGUCGUGAAUUUUGGAAACCUAUAGAGAUCUUAAAAAGACCUAAGUUUUGCACAAAGUGUAAUAUCAUAGGUCAUGUUGAUUCUGAAUGUAGAAAGAAACAAAAUAAUGGUGGUAAUGCUCCACAACGUAUUCAACAUCAUAAUUCGGAGCAGCUACAGAUUUCAGCUAACGCUCAUCAGGAUAAUCAGGUAAUGAACAAGGAGAAUAUGGGUGGCUCGAUCACUAAUGUUAUGAAUGCUUAG